ACCUUAAUUCAACCUCUCUUAAUUAGCUAUCAAGAAAAAGCACCUAAAGCACAAAGCGCGAGCUAUUUCUCACCAACUCCAAUGGAGAAAAGCGAAGCAACCACCAUUGAAGUUGCUGAAACCAGCAGAGAAAGGAAAGGGAAAGCACCCCUUCUGGCAGCUCCGGUGCCCGCUGAUCACCAUGCAAAGGCGGCUGGUAACAAAAGGGGUGUCGCGAUUUUCGACCUCAUCCUCCGUAUAAGUGCUGCUGCGGCGGCUUUAGGCGCCACCAUCGCCAUGGGAACUGCCGAGCAAACACUUCCCUUUUUUACUCAGUUCUUCCAGUUCCAAGCUAGUUAUGAUGAUCUCCCCACUUUCUCGUUCUUUGUCAUAGCCAUGGCAAUAGUUACUGCGUACCUUGUUCUCUCCGUGCCCUUCUCCAUUGUCUGUAUUGUUCGACCUGUCGCUGCUGCGCCAAGGCUUCUUCUCAUUCUCUGCGACACGCUGGCAGUUACAUUGGCGACUUCGGCGGGGGGAGCUGCAGCGGCGAUAGUGUACCUAGCCCACAACGGGAACUCGGACGCGAACUGGCUGGCGAUAUGCCAACAGUUCACUGAUUUCUGCCAGAGGGUGAGCGGAGCGGUGGUGGGGUCGUUCAUCACGGUGGCGCUGCUCAUUUUCCUGGUGGUGCUCUCCGCUAUAGCUCUGAAGAAACAUUGAUGAUCAAACAAGAUUGGAUUUGUACAUGGAGUUAAUUAUAUAUGUUGGUGUUUGGGAUGUAUUUGAUUUGCAUUUUUCUUUUUCUAGUUUUCUAAGGUUGUUAAUUUGGUUGAUGUUGUUUGUGGCUGGUGAAGUGAUUCUUGAAUGGAAAGACAAAAUCAAAUGUAUACUCACAUUUGUAUCUAAACAUUUGCAAUUCAAACCACACCGUUC